GUAGUCACUGCAGAAAAAUCAGGUUACAUUCUCAACUUGUAUAAUUUCAAAAGUUAACCCUGACAUGAGCAGGGGCUUGAACUGCAUCAUCUUCACAGAUCCCUUUUAAUCUAAUUAUUGUAUGUUUCUAUAAACAGUUCUAACCGGUUGGUUUUUGUUAAGUUGCACCAUAUGGAAGAAUACUGUUUGCUUCAGGAAGGAAAGACAGUGAAAUGCUUUGCUCUGCCACCAAGACACAGUAUGGAAGCCAUUGCCAAGUUUGAUUUCAAUGCUUCUGGAGAGGAUGAGUUGAGCUUCCAGGCUGGGGAUAUGCUGAAGGUUUUGAGCUCCCAGGAAGAUUGGUACAAGGCUGAGCUCCGGAGUCAAGAGGGCUACGUUCCUAAGAACUUCAUUGAUUUUCACGUUCCCCCCUGGUUUGAUGAAAGAAUAUCCCGCCACGAAGCAGAGAACACCCUCAUGAGCAAAGGAGUUGGCUCCUUCAUCGUUCGAGCCAGUCAGAACUCUCAUGGUGACUUCUCCAUCUCUGUCAGGCAUGAAGAUGAUGUGCAACACUUUAAAGUGAUGAGGGAUUCAAAGGGUAACUAUUACUUGUGGACAGAGAAAUUCCACUCGCUAAACAAGCUGGUGGAUUACUACAAGACAACUUCCAUCUCCAGGCAGAAGCAGAUCUUCCUGAGGGACAACAGCCAAGAAGAUAAGGAGAGGCGCGGUGGCAGCCUGGAACGGAUGGGCCAGGAAGGAUUCCGCCUGGGUGGAGCAGCUGGAGAAGAUCACCCUUAUCUAUCCAAGAGAUAUGUAGAGCAUCCUAUCCCCAUACUGCAGCAGCAGCAGGACAGGUAUGGUGGGAGUCUGGACAGGAGAGGUGGGCUACAUGGACUAAGGGAUCAUGGCCAAGGAAGUGCAGUAGCCAUGCAACGGAGACACACAGACCCAGUGUACCAGCAGACACCGUACUUUUUGCUUCAGUCCUGAGAAGACCUGUCAUCACUCAGUUCUACUUGUCUGCACCUGGCACAUCCUCUCAGACCUGCUAUGCCAUCAAAGUGGAACUCACCUCUCUGUCACUCUUAUCUGUCAGUGCCUCUUAUCACAGUGGAUGUGGGCGUGAUCCAGUUAUGUCUCUGCAGACAUCUCGGACUGUUCCCCUACCUGGAUCCAUACCUGGCAGUUUACCUUAAGUAACCACCUGCUCUCCAAAUUCCCACUUUGUGAAUGCUUGCACAGGGCAUGGUGUCUUUCUCUGCUUCAGCCCAUGAUUCCAGUGCCAACUCCAAAAUAUUUCUCCAUCAGUUUUUAGGAGUGUGAUCUGAGCCAUGUUCCUCUUCCCUGAGGAAAUGUACAGUUUAGCCAAGAGCAAUCAGAGAACGUAGAUCCAAGCAGAGAAGGGAAAGACAGCAGACAUUUCUCAAGUGUGAGAGAAAGAGGACAGAUUGGAUUAGGAAAUUUGGAAUAAACCAGGAAACAGGGACAUGUCCUCUUUUGGCAAAAGCCCCAAAACUUUAUUAUAAUCUAGCUCAAAAUACAGUGGGUUGUAUCCCUCAGAGGCUGUGGCAAUGAAUAAAAACAUGCCCUUGCCUGCCACACCAAAUCAGUGAUCUAGAACCAUAAAUCCAGUUAUAGGAAGGUCUAUUUGUCCAGCCAAAUAACUAGGAGCCACAUCUAAGCUGAGCCCUAAAUGGAAGAUUUAGCAAAAAUUAGUCGGUCUUCAAACAGAUCUCUUCAUCUGUGCCCGCAAAAUAUGCCUCCCAAUUGUGUGGGUGUUAAAAUUUUCCCAGAAAAUAAGUCCAUACUAUGUCCUUUAAAAUCUGAUUUCCUGUCCAAAUGGGAGAUUGACUGCAAUGUCUCUUACGAUCAGUUUCUCAUAUGAAAAAAAACUGACCAUAGUGCUCAUUGAAGUGCAAACCCAAAAUAAAGUGGUACACCCAAAUGGUUCCUAAAUCCCUUUGAUCUCAGGGGACUGAACUUGGGUAGCAUCCACUAUGCCACAGAAGUGCCUGAAACAGCAAGUAUCAUCCUUUACAACGUUCACUAGACUCUCCUGCAUGUUGGCUCUCUUGGUGUACCCCUCACAGUCUGCUGGCCAAGGACACGUUCCUAUAUCCAUGCAAGCAGCAGCUCACCUCCCUGGAGCCAUUCACUUACAGUGUACAGCACAGCAGGACUCAGGCAGGAGCUGUUCUCCGUGCUCCUAUAACUGGCUUCAAACAUGGCUACCACAGCAGAGGAGACAGAGCCACGUAAACACUAUUUCCUGAGGACCUACUCUCAACUGACUUUUCACCUUGUGGUGCGAAUACCCAUAAAUAUACUGAGGCUGCUGAGACCCCAAACACUACCCCUUGGGUGUCCCUGUAAAUUGGUCCUUCCUUCCUGGCAUCUUGGCCACUUCCUGGUUAAAAUAGCAAGACGGUCUCAGUUUCAGCAUGCUUGUUUUCUCUUAGUGAACAAAUGUAUUGAGGCAUAAGAAGGGUGACAGGAGGAUGAUUGUUAAGAGUUCUGGCUCAUUAUUCCCUGUCUCUAUCUCCU